AUGGAGGGAUCUUCGGGAUCUCCCUUCCGCCUUCUUCGGAACUUUCCCAAUAAGGAUUUCGCGAUAAUAUCCGUCUCCAAGGAGUUCGGGAUAGCUGUUGCCUCCGUGACCUUCGAUAUGGUAUGUGGUAGAAGAGGUGAAGCUUCUUCAUCUCGCCAGCCUUCUUCUUCUUCUCGGGAGCGUCCUACUGCGUUAACUAGAAGAAUAAGGAGGAUCGAAAGUUCUAGUGAACUGACUAUUUUAGAGGAAGAGCCAGUAGCAGAUUAUGUGACAUCAGUUGAGGAGCAUCCCAACCCUAAUCAAGGGGAAGUAACUGAUCAACCAUCUUCCUCUCAGCACGACGAUGAUAUUUCUAAACCACUAUUUGGGGGCCCUAGUGAUAGAUCUAUUCUAAAAAGUUUUAAAAAUCAUGUUGCAUUUGUAAUAUGGGCAGGAGAGCCUCGUGUUCGUGAUAUUGUUAUGGGUUCUAGUUUGUCACCAUUGCUAGAGUGUACUUAUCGAAAUAUAAAUCAUGCUAUAGUCUCAGCAUUUACAGAGAGAUGGCAGCCUGAGACUAAUACAUUUCAUUUACCAUUUGGAGAGAUAAGUAUAACAUUAUAUGAUGUUGCUGCUAUUUUGAAGAUUCCAGUAACAGGAAGAUCUGUAUCUGUGCCUCAUCAUUUGACACCUAGUGAAGCUAACAAGAGUGGGAUAUUAGUUUCAGUAGCGUAUUUGACAUUAUUAGAUGAUUUAAGUAUGAUCGGUAAUUAUGCAUGGGGAGCUGCGUGUCUCACAUAUUUGUAUCGACAGCUCGGAAUUGCUACUAGACGAGAGGUGAAGAGUAUUGCUGGAUAUCUUACCUUACUUGAGCGUAAUCGACUAGCAUUAUAUGCUAUCGAUAAGACGAUAUCAAGUACUGAGCCUGUAUCUGCUGAUGCAUGGAGGGAGACAUGUCUUGGGGUGAAUUCCAUUCUAGGCUCUCACCAUCCUGAUGUUGAUAAUAUUGGAGCGUCCACAUCUCGUACAUCUCCGCCAAGAUAA